CGCAACGCGAAUCCAGUUGCUCGCGAGCAUCCGUCAGUGUUCGAACAUGGCCUCUCGUCGUUUGUCCGAAAGCACAAGUGCUGUUUUCUCCCCGCGCUUUGCGCUCAUAGCGCUCGCGAUAAUUUUCAUAUUCGACGAAUCUGCCGCUAAAACCGAUCAUGGUCUCAAAGUCGAUACCGUUUAUAAACCGGAAAUCUGCGAGGUCCGCUCGAAAAAAGGCGACCAGCUGACCAUGCACUAUACUGGCACGCUUCAAGACGGUACCAAAUUCGAUUCAAGUUUGGACAGGCAACAACCAUUCACUUUUCAGUUGGGCGUUGGUCAGGUGAUUAAAGGAUGGGAUCAAGGUUUGUUAGACAUGUGUGUGGGGGAGAAAAGGAAGUUGGUCAUUCCCCCGGAACUUGGUUAUGGUGAUAUCGGAGCCGGAAAUGUUAUACCUGGAGGUGCCACUUUAACGUUCGACGUUGAGCUCAUCAACAUCAGUGAUUCGCCGCCAACCGCAAACGUCUUCAAAGAGAUCGACGCUAACGACGAUAAGCAACUCUCCCGCGAGGAGGUGAGAGCAAUGGUCAGUGAAUAUCUAAAGAAACAAAUGAUCGAAGCGGAACAAGGUAAUCCUGGUGACAACGAAGAAAUGAAAAAGAUGCUGGCCGAUCACGACAAACUCGUCGAGGAGAUUUUCCAGCACGAGGACAAAGAUAGGAACGGUUUCAUAUCACACGAAGAAUUUAGUGGGCCAAAACACGACGAGCUUUGAAGAUUUUUUCAUUGUUUUCAUUUCUCGAGCAACAACGCGUCUCUUGCUCGUUCGUGGAUAAUUUUAAAGCUUCCAACGACUCUCCUCCCGAACGUCAACAUCCUGUCUUCCUGAAUGAAUUUUUCCUCAAUGAUGACUUAUCUUCGCGUAUACGAGAAAGUCAAAGUGUAAAUCAUCAUCAACAAAAAGAGAAAGCUGACAAAAAGUUUACGAUCGGAACAAAGAUGUUGUUUCGAUUUUCUUCAAAUUCCCAAAAAUAUUUUUCGCUCCGACGUAACGUCGCGACGCCUGAGACGAAUUUAAUCAUCUAACCGUCUGAAUACAUUUUUGCUCGAGUGAUCGCAUUACGAUAUGCAUAUAUACUUAUGUGAAUGAAUAAAAUAAAUAAAUAUAUAUAUAUAUAUAUAUAUAUAUAUAUAUAUGCGUGUACGCGUGCGUGUGAGUGAAUGUACGCGCCUGUGAGUGAUCAAAAGAAAGUGUCUUUUUUCUACACGAUCGUAAAUGUUUAGCAUUAAUUAUAUGGAACAGUAAUAACGCAACAGUAUAUGGUAUAUCGAAUCAUGAACUACCGUAACUCUAUCGUCGAAAGAUAUCCGCAAACUAUCCACGUUUUUCUCUUCGUUACAAGUUAUUAUACUUUUUUUUUAAUCGCAUUUAUCAGAUGUUACGAUUACGUUACGUCUUUUCUAAUUACUUGAAAAUUGAUAAUUAAAAUCAAGUCAUUAGAACGAAACAUAUAGGAUAUUAAAUAUAUAAGCGUACAAAUGAAAAACAACACUGUACCGUCUCGUCAAUUAUUACACGUCAUAUCUCUAUAUUAUAUACGUUGUACUUACAAACAAAUUUGAAAUAUUUACCAAUCAAUUUCAAGUAGAUAGAAAAGAUUUGGAGGUAGCUCGAUUUAUAUCGUAAAAGGAGCUUCCAUCGUUUCUUAUUGUAAAAGUUAGCGAAGAUCGAAAGUGGAUAGUUCGUGGAAUCGUCUGACCUUCUCCUUUAAAGUUCUCUUCGAUCCAUUUUCAACAGUUAACAGCACAUUAUUCAAUUCUUAUUACACUUAUCGCAAAAAAAAAAAAUAGGGUAACAAAUAUCUCGAGAAUGUGGAAUAUAAUCGAACGUGACCAUUAGGUUGCGAGGCCAAACCCCGUCGUCGCUAUUAUUAUUAUUAUAUUUUAAUGAAUAUGUUUUUUAUAUUAUUGCAUUAUAUUGUAUGUUGUUAAAGUUGGAUGAAGGUUAAUAAUAAUAAAUCGUGUGUCUUGAGCACAAUUUGUUAUA